AUGGCCGUCAUCACAUCCAGACCCGAGCUGCCUGCCUCUUUCCACUCCUCGUCCUACUCUCCCUCGGCAUCUCCCCGAAUCCGUCCGUCUGAUCUCGCUCAGCGAGAACGACUCCCCUCGACGGCCUCGGCUCAUCAACAAGCGUCUUCUUCGUCGUCCCCUUAUCGACAAUCCUGGGCGAGUGAUUCUUCGGCCCCUCGUCCUCGGUCCGUGUCUUCCUCGAACGGCGUCGUAUUUAACAACGCAAACAUCAACGCUUCCUCGACCUCGCUCAAGGAUCCGCAACAGACGAGCAGGGAUCAGAGCGUGGGGUACAGCGACGACCUGUCUAGCCGGGAUCAAGAACAGUUGGAUCGACCGGUGUUCCAGAGGACUCAUUCGGCUUCCUCUUCGUUGAGCACUAGACGUCCGUUGGAACCUUCCUUGGCGGCCAACAUGAACUCGAGGGACGGACCGAGACGACAGCCUUUGACGGGUACCGCUCCGAACAAUAACGGGGUAAUGAACAGACCGGCUUCGGAUCGAGAUCUCGAGGAGAGGUAUGAAGGCCAGAAUGGGACGAAUGGGGUAAAAGUGAAGAAUGGUCCCGGGGAGACACCUUUGUCGCCCUUACACCAGUAUCAGAGUCAUCAACAGCAACCACAACAGUAUCAGCAUCAACAACAGCAGUAUGGCUACUUUCCACCGCCUCAACAACCUUGGACAGCACCACAGCGGUCCGGUUCGCCCUCUGCAGGCUCUCCUGUCAACGGGUCACCGAUGUUCUACUCGCCCUACACUCCUCCGGCGCAGCUUCCGCCUCAAAUCCAGCAACUUUCGCCAUCGGCACAGCAGGCUUACCUCCAAGCCAUGGCGGCGCAACAAUACCAAAGCAAUCAGGCUGGUAUCAACGCAUGGGCGUCGGCGUAUCAUCAAGGGAUGAUGAUGGCCGCCGCUCAGCAGCAUCACAACGGACCUUACCCAACUCAGAGCCAACCCAUGCCCAGGUCAAGCAGCGCUGCGUCCAACAUGGGUGACAGCGAGUUUGGGCAACAAAGGGAUCAAGUCCGAUCCGUCAGCGGAGCCUCUUCUCAAACGGGUGCGCCCGCAUAUCAUCCGUACCGACGUCAACCUUCCAAAACGAAUGUCGCCGGAAAGGAACGCAAGCGCGAGACCAGCUCGAAUACCGACUCGACCAGGUCCUCGACUGGCAACUACCCCGAAGCCGACGACGAGGUCUUGCGGGAUCCUUUCCCGGUCGCCAAUCGCUCUGACGUUGUCCGGGCAAGGGCAUCGUUCGACGAUGCUCAACGAGCUAGGAUCAGGCGGGGCAGUAGCUCUAGCGCCGAGCACGUCCCCACCGCUCGGAUCGUUGCGCCUAGUCGAAAGGCCGUACAGCAAGCCGUGCAGGCGAGUCAUAACGAAUCGCGGUCUGCCAGCCAGGCUCCGCCUCGACAAAGUGUCGACGGUCGACCCGGUGCUGCUUUCGAAGCCCCAACAACUCGACGAAACAUGCAUAAGCGGCAAAACUCGAGCACAAGCAGUGUAGGCGAGGUCAUCAAGCCGACCUUGAGGACUACCGAGAGCGGUUCCUCGAUCGGUACGGUGACCCCGGCCCCUCAUCAGACCGACGGCCUGAACCCCGCUGCCCGAGAAUGGACUCCGUCUCCUCUUGCGCAGACGCCCUCUGUCCCUUCGACCGAUGCAGCUCGAGUUUCCGGUCGGAGUGUAUCUGAUGGCGUCAAGAAGGAGGCUGAUAAGAAGGAAAAGUCGGGUCUGCGUGGCAAGCUGCAGAAGGCGAUGAAGCGCGAGAAUGAGCCUGUCAAGAUCACGCCCAAGACGCCCAUCCAGCAGGCCCAACCUGUCAUUACCACUUCCACCUCGGCUCCUGCCACACUCCACCAGGCCAAUGAUUCGCUCGGCUCAACGUCGACUACGACGCGUUCGACUUCGCCUCCCGUGACACCGCCUCAGCCCGCAGCUCCUGCAGGUCUGGGUAACCGUCGACCGAGCAACUCGAGCUUUGCCCCUUCCUUGAUCGAACCUCUGGAUGGCAGGGGAGGCAAACCAAAACGAAGCUUGUUCAACAUGAGGAACGCUUCGACCGAUAACAUUUCCAUCAGCUCGACCGUCUCGUCGGCGAGUAUGAUGAUCCGGAAAAUGGGAGCGCUCGGAAAGAUUGCAAGACGCAACAGUCUCGCGAGCAUCUCCAAGAUCUUCAAGGACAAGAGCGCUGAAGACGGUGACAUCGUGGACGAGCCCAAGGAGGGCAAGGAAAGCAAGAAGAAGAAAUUCCGUUUCGGGAAGUCUCAGCCUUCAACCGUGGCCAGUGAUGCGCAUGCGCAUGCCGCAGAUCAGGACCAUCGUUCCGUAGAGGGUCUCUCUCCAGCCGCCCAGCUUGCACGUCAACACACUUUGCGUUCCAAAAACGACAACAAGACGGGUGAACGAAACGCCCAACAGCCGGCUUCUCCUGCCACUAACGCACGAUCAGAUGGACCGAAUGUCGAACCAUACGACAGCGAUGAUGCGAGCUUUGCGGAGAACGAUGACGUUACCGCCAGGUUGGAAGACCUGACGGUGGGAGACGAGUCGCGAGCUUCGUACGAUAACUCGAGAGAGUGGGAAGAGAACGCUUUGCAUUGGGGACAAGGAUACGUUGACAGGCACGCCAUUCCUGCCAAAGGUAUUCUAAAGAGCAUUUCGUCUUAUGACGGUGUUGCGGAUCUUUCUGCACCGAACGCCCCUUGGAAUCGUGCACGAUCCAACUCGACUGAUGUUACAGGUCAAUCGUCCGAACCGGGUCCCCUUGCUCACAUUACCGAUCAAGGACAUAUUGAUGGACCUCGACCGAACGAGGUCAUGGACCCGUUUUCGCCCAGCUUCGAUCCUUUCGAAGCGGGAACCGACAAGGCGCAAGGUCCCGAACGACCCGGUCUCUACUCGAACGUUUCCCUCAACUCGUCUGCUCCGAUGUUGAGCUUGGCGAGCCAGGGUGGUCGUCCCCCAAGAUCGGUCACCAGCCCGAUGCCACGAAAGAGGCUGAAUUGGGCGCCCGAGUGUGCCAUCUACCAUACCUUCCAUGCGACCGAAUAUGACCGCAGGAGCGAGCCGGCUACCUGUAACCGCUUGACGCCCGCCCUUGCUCAAGAGAUCAAGGACGAGCUGAACGGUUUCAAGAUGGAAGAGAUGGCCGUACAUCCAUCGUCACGUAUCCACACGCAUUUCUUGUGA